AAACAAUUAAAUGGUUUUGAGAACGUCCGGGGACGAGACGUGUGUUGCGGUUAUGUCGUAACUACUGUGCGUUCGCAGAUCUUACAGCCAAUAUUAUUAGUUACAUUUAUUUACAAGUUUAUGUUUAUUUUUGAUUGUGCACUUUAAGUUUAUAUUUUGUUAACUGAUAUAUUGCGGAAAAGUGAAUAUAAUUAAAUAAACAAACGGUAAUGUUGUGUUUUCGUUUGGUAUUGGGGUAAGAUUACGUUACAACUAGCUGCAAAGAGAAUUUUUAACAGCUGUUCGUGCAUAGUAUGCUUCAUAUUUUACCGGCAGCAGCAAAGUACCUCGCUGGGUAUGGAGCGGCAGUCGACUUCAAAACUAAUGAUCUGAUCAUAUAGCGAAGAUAAAUGCGGGAGGCUGCGUCGCAUAUGAUAUUAUGACGAUAACUCUCGCAUACAUAAUAUAACAGUUAAAACAAGCUGGAGUCAUCAAAAAUUUUAUUUUUGUUGCGAGCCGGUUUUGUUAAAUUUCGCGAGUGAUAACGAUAACACGUCACGUUCUUAACUAAAUCCGUUGCGUCUGUUUUCGUUAAACGAUAGCGAAAGAUAAAGUUGCUUUCGUUUUAGUUUCAUACGGUAGAAGAUCACGUUCGAACGACGACGUGCUUAACGCGCUUAUCAUCCGAAUACAUCGCCGGAGUGACUACGAGUGUAGUGUUUAUUAUUUUCAAUAUUCGAAUGUGCGAUUUUGUUUAUUAAAAUGCGCGUAGGAGAUUUCUGGUCAAGACUGGCAACACUCGGCUGGUUUGUCAGCUUCGUGGGAUGUCACACACCGGGCAGCGAGCUCGAGUCUGUCAGAUACGGACCGACUGACGACAGAUUUGGAGGCGAUAUAUACACAGUCGCUAAAAUUAAUAUUACUUAUGAGGACGAACAUGGAGAGCUAUACACAGACACAUCAGAGUCCGGCAAAUAUGGCGAGGGGUACGUCGGCUCCUCCCGUGGAAUGGCGGUUCACGUUCGCGCUAAGGGGCCGGACGGUGAAAACGACCACACAGGCUGCACUUGGCCCCUUCUCUCCGUGGCAGCACCCACUGAACCGCUGCCCAGCGAGCCUUGGAUCGCGGUGAUCCGCCGUGGAAGCUGUAACUUUGAGAUUAAGGUUCAGAAUGCUUGGCGGGCUAACGCUUCCGCUGUGCUCAUUUACAACGAUCGGGAUACCACCGUACUUGAGAAGAUGAAGCUUUCCACUGACAACGGACGAAAUAUAAGCGCCGUGUUCACGUACAAGUGGAAGGGCGAGGAGAUCACGAGGCUCGUGGACAACGGUACAAAGGUCAUGAUUGCGAUCAUCAAGGGACGUACUUUCACUCACAUUAGCAGCAACAUCAACAACGCGAACGAGACGGGUUCUAUUUACUCAACGUCGGUUCUCUUCGUCUCGAUAUCCUUCAUUGUUCUGAUGGUCAUCUCGCUGGCCUGGCUUGUGUUUUACUACAUACAGCGCUUCAGAUACAUUCACGCCAAGGACCGACUCUCGAAACGACUCUGCUGCGCAGCUAAGAAAGCGCUGUCGAAAAUUCCCGUCAAGAACUUGAAAUCCGACGACAGGGAAGUGCAGGGUGAUGGCGAGUGCUGCGCGAUAUGUAUAGAGCCUUACAAGGUGUCUGAGACUCUCCGCUCCCUGCCUUGUCGACACGAUUUCCACAAGAAUUGCAUCGACCCGUGGCUGUUGGAACAUCGGACGUGUCCUAUGUGUAAGAUGGACAUACUGAAGUACUAUGGAUUUGUGUUCACGGGCAGCCAGGAGAGCAUCCUGCAGCUGGAGGCAGACGACCCGCGCGCCUCGCUCGGCCGGCAGCCGCUUACGCUGCUGUCGAGCGAGGAUUCGUACUCGGAGGCGGGCAGCGCACGCAGCUCGCGCUCGGCGUCGCCCGACCACCUCGUGGCCGCCGCGGAGCGCACACGGUCCUGCGAAGGCUCGCCCGCUCACAGCGAGCGCUCGCGGGAGGUCGGCGACCCCGCCGGCGCCGAGCCCGCUCGCGCCUGAGCCCCCUCUCCCACCACCCCGCCCUGAGCGAGUGACCCCGAAGUGAUGUGUUCAUUAAAGAAAUCACCACUCAAAUACUCAAAAA